GGCAAGGUUGGUGUUAUCAGCUGAGAAAGAUAUAUUUGAACCUUGAAUAAAUUUUUUUCUUUCUUUUUUUUCUUUCUUUUCUUUUUCUAAACAAAUUACAAUAAAAAAAUGUAUUCUACAAAUCAACAGGAAUUUCAUAUGGAUAACAACAAUAGUAAUGGAGAUAUGUUUGUAAACAAUCAACCAAGAACACGAACCAGUUUAAAUCAGCAGUCUUAUCUUCACCACAAUACCAACAAUAAUAAUUUUGGUCCUAUGGCCAUUAAUCCUUCAAGCACCGUUUCCAAUAAUGUAGGCUUUGCAGAUCCUUCAACAAAUUGGUUCAGUACAAGCUUAGAUUCAAACGCUUCUUCUUUUGGCCAAUCUCCCGUCUUUGGUGGCAGAGACCUUCUAGUCACACCAUCCAAUUCUACAGGUCAUAUCAUCGAAGGCUUUGCUGCUGGUCCAGACGAUGAUGAGCUUAGCCAAAGAAAUCAUCAAGAAAUAUUCGAAAAGAGAAGAAGAAGACGCGAAUCACACAAUGCGGUUGAAAGAAGAAGAAGAGACAAUAUCAAUGAAAGAAUUCAAGAGCUUUCUACUAUGCUACCUGAGCAUUUGUUAGAAUCCGUACCAGCCAGUUCCAAUGUAAUGUCAGUUGCAACGGGACAAAACGGGGCUAAUGGCAAGCCUAUUAAUAAGGGCACUAUUCUUAAACUGUCGGUUGAUCAUAUCAAGGAAUUAAGAGAAGAAGUGACAAAUUGUAAAGGAAAGAUCAAGGAACUUGAGCGUCUGAUCGAGCUUGCAAAACGAGGCGAACAUCAUUUAAAACAAGAGGAUAAUAUUGACUUGUAUCAACAACAUGCUAUGAAUAUGAUGAAUCAACAACAACAACAACAACAGCAACAACAACAGCAACAGCAACAACAGCAGCAGCAGCAUGGGAGACAAAGACAUGAACGUGUUGGCUCAAUACAGUUUCAGCAACAGUUUGGAAAGCUUCAUAUUACAGGUGAUGAGCAACAACAGCAAGCAUAAAAUAUUACCUAUACCCUUUCUUUCCUUUCCUUUUUAUAUUUAUCCUUUUUACAUGUAUAUAUUUAUAUAUAUAUAUAUAUAUAUAU